GGCGCCUAGUACAUUCAAAUAUGGCAACGAUUCAUAAUGAGAUUUAGGCGAAAAUGGUACCACACUAACCUGAAUUAGGGUAUAUAUAGAACUACACAAACACAUAAAUGCAUACUUACACCAUAUCAUAAACUACAGUUCAAGAUGUCUGGACAACUAAACAUUUAUUAAAACAUUUGGAAACAUUAUUCAUAUUCGGUGAAAAAUGCGAUAAAAAUAACAUAUUACCCUAUCAUCUAUUAAGGCCCAUAGAUUGUAUAACAUUUUACAAGAAUGAAUAUCAUUAUGCUACUAAUAUAUAUAUAGAUAUAUACACACACAUAGGUGAUAAAAUUUACAGUGGCAGUAGAAGUGAAUGUUGUAGACAAAUCAACACACAUAACAACGCAUUCUUAUGUAUACUAUGAAAUAAAUUCUAAAAUAUAAAUUGUGUUUCUUUGGCACAAAAAUGAAAGUGAUUCUUAAGUAGUAUAAGAAAUAUAUUAGAAAGAAAAUAACUCAUAGUAUUUGAUUCAUUUUAUUACUGCUUAUCUACCUAUACUUCAUUUCAUCUUUUUCUCUCAUUCAUAUACAUUUAAAUGUGUACAUAAAUCCAUACAAAGAAUCUCAAUUGUAUAUUUCCUAACUAAAGUGAUAGGGAUGUAUACAUACGAUACAUAAAAAUUAACAUUCCAUUAACCUGGAAUCGAAGUCUAAUUCUUCAGUUAUAAGUAUAUAGAAAAAGUGUCUCACUAAAGAAAACAAAUAUAGAAAAAAAAAUAGCCAACUGCUGUACAAUAACAGUAGACAAAAUUAGUCUACACUUACACAAAAUGUAAUGUAUGUACAUGUUUGUUUUUUUUCUAAUGUGUGAAUGUUUUGUGCAUAAAAUUCAUUUAUUUAUCUAGAAAACAAAAGAAUCUUCAUAUUACUCUGAUAAUGUCUAUCAUCUUGUAACAAUUACACUAACUAGUCAGCAUGCUUAUCAAAUACAUAUACUACUACUAUUAAUACUACUACUAACAACAUUAUUAAAGAUAUAAUGUCAGUCAUACUUAUAUAUAUACACGUUUGAUCAUUUAAAUGUUGACAUAUUGUUGACCUAUAUGAAUUUCAUAAUAAAGAAACAAUUUAAAAUACAUAUUCCAUUAUAACUAUUGUUACUAAGAGUUACGCAAUCAUUAUUUUUCUUGUUUAUACAUACAAGAUAAAAUUCUACAUCUUUAUCAAAAUAAUAAAAAAAUAAAUAAACAAACAACUACACAAGUUUCAUUUAGUCUUCAUGAAAUAAAUAACUAAAAAAGAAAGAAAAGAAAGAAAGAAGAAAGAAAGAAAAAAAGAAAAAAAGAAAAAUUAAAAUUGAUUAUGCCAUUUAUCACAAAGUUGAACUAUUUCUUCAUUAUAACAGAUCCACUAUUUCUUUUAUCUAAACAAAAAUCCAAAUUUUUCGGAAUUAUAUUAUCAUUAUUAUUAUUUCAAUUAAUGAUUAGUUUAAUGGAUCCAGUUCAAGGAAUAAAAUGGUUAGGUAUAUACAGAUUACCAAAAAGUGCAGAUCAUCCAGUGGAUUCGACAGCUGAUCGAUUUACUCCAGAUGAAUGUCAAAAAGCUGCUAAUAAAUUAGGUCUUCGUAGAAGACAAGCACGAUUUUGUAUGCAUCCACGUUUUGGUUAUGCAAUGCUUGCUGUACUUAGAGCUGCACAUGCUGUCGGAUAUCAUUGUCCAAAAACAUUUUCAGAUAGACGAUGGAAUUGUACUUCUAUACAUCAAUUACCGCAUGUAUCACCAGAGUUAAGAAGAGGCACACGUGAACAAGCAAUUGUACAUGCAUUUGCAAGUUCUGUAUUAUUAUUUGAAAUUGGACGAUAUUGUGCAUUGAAUAAAAUUCGAUAUUGUUCUUGUGGUGAUGAAGAUGGCAGUUAUGCUACACCAAAUUAUCCUUCAUCUCAUAUAUAUAAAAAUAACAAUUUACUUAGACAACAUCAUUCACAAACUUUGUAUAAUGAUAAUAAUAAUGCAUUAGUAUAUAAUUCCGAUGGUCAUUUAAUGAAUUCCAUUGAUACAUCUAAAUCAAACAAUAUACCAAUGACAGAUGGUCAACCAACAGUUAGUAAAUUUUAUUGGGCUGGUUGUUCUGAUAAUUUGCGUACAGCUAAAGAAUAUACAUCAUUAUUUCUUGGUUUUCCAAAUGUACAUGUAAUGUUACCUCCACCAAUAGAAACAGAUAAUCCUAAUUUAGAUACAAUACAUGAUACGAAUAAUCAAAAUCGUUAUAAAAGAUCAACGUAUUCUUCACAAGUUACAGAAAGUAUUUAUGAUACAACACAAUUAUCUGAUAUGUUUAGUCUGUUUCAAAAUCAAAUCAAUGUUAAUGAGAAUGUGGACAAUAGAAUUAGAGAAGGAGAUGUAGAUGAAGAAACUGAAGAAAAUGAAGAAGAGGAUGACAGUGAAAUAGAUGAUUCAGAAUUAUUCUAUUCACCACAUGAAUAUACGGAUAGACGACGUCGUAAUCUACAUAAAACAUGGUCAUAUCAAUCUACAGCACAAACCAACAAAUAUCCGUCAUACAAUUCAGCACAACAAAUGUAUGAUUCAGUAGAUGAUAAUGAUGAAAGAUUACCACGUCAUCCUAGAUCAAAACAAGGUAGAAAAAAAUCCACACUACGUAAUUUAAAUCGUCAUAAUUAUCUAGCAGGUGUAGUAUUAAUGGAAGCUAAUCAAAAACUGGUAUGCAAAUGUCAUGGAGUUAGUGGUAGUUGUGCUCAACGUGUUUGUUUUCGUCAACUUCGACGAAUCGAUACAGAAUUAAUGCAAAAAGCAUUAAAAAUGAGAUACUUAAAUGACUAAUGAAUGAAUAUUUUUCUAGACAGUCUGUAUCAUUGUUUGAUAGCAGUUAGAUAAUAAUUGAAGACUAUGAAAUACAGGACAUAUAUUUCAUCUUAGUAUGGGGUUCGUCAGUUGUACGUAUCCAAGAUCUUACCGAAAACCUUUGGUUUUACGGUGUUUGCUUAACCUCUGUACCCAAUGGGAUGAAAUUCAAUGUUAUACGUGUCUAACUUUUCUGGAUCCAUAACAUUAUACAACAAAUUUUGAUUGCCCAGGGUAAGUAACUAUCUGACGCCUGUUAUAGUUUAAUGUACUAGUUAUGGCUUCUCACUAUGACUCCUGGAAUUACAUUUAGAAGCUAGUACAUAAUUGUUACAGAUAUUCUUUUUAUCUAUCCUUACUUUCAUUAUUGAUAUAUUUUUAUUCUCAUUUUCUCGAAAAUAAGGCAGCCAAACAGGUUUCGGAAGGUAAAAAUGGUGAAUUAAUCGCCAAAACAUUUAUUGGUAAUGGAUUUAUCGAUGAAGUAGUAAAACCGGAAGAACUGGUAUUUAGUGAACAUUCACCAGAUUAUUGUAAUGUAGAACCUCAAAGAGGUUCUGUUGGUACACGAGAUAGAAUUUGUACAUUGAAAGAUACGGGGACAUCAAAUUGUGUGAAUAUGUGUUGUGGUCGUGGUUACAGAAAUGUGACCAAACGAGAAAUUGUUCAAUGUAACUGCCGAAUGGCCUAUGGAUUCAAAGUGCAAUGUGAUGAAUGUAAUAUUGAAACUGUAACUCAGAGAUGUUUAUGAAUGCACUUAGCAACUUAUUAUGUGUUAAAUACCGAAGAAAAUUCUCCAGGGUCAUGAUUUAAAUCAGCUAGAACAAUUUCAUGAUAGCAGGCUAUGCAUGUGGUGUACACAUCUUAUGUUUUUAAUUUUCUUAAAAAUACUAUACUACUUAAAAAUUGUAAGUAAUUUAUUAUGGAACCAUUAAAUUUAGACCAUGUCAAUCACGGUUAUGUACAUAUAUCUUUCUAACUUUGCAUGCUAAGCCAAAUCCAUGUUACUUAUUAUGCUAAAAAAAAUACGCCAACCAAA